CCUGAGUGGAUGGCACCGAAAGUCGUGCGAGAUGAGCCACCUAAUGAAAAGUCAGAUGUGUACAGCUUCGAGGUUGUAGUUGCCGUUGGUUUCAAGAGUAAACGGCUUGAGAUCCCGCGGAAUUUAAAUCCUCAGGUUGCAGCCAUAAUCGAGGGUUGUUGGACUAAGUACGUUGAAAUUUUCCUUCCUCUUGUUUCCGUUUGA